UAUACAGUACGAUCGUAUUAAAGGGGCGUCGAGUCGAACCCCAGCUACCGACCACACGGUGGACCAGGGGGGCGCGUUUUUGGACCACGAUUGGGCCAACCUUAUUUCUGUUGUGCAAUAAACAGAUCACAUGGUAAACCAGUAUCAUGUUACGUCAAUCUUGUACCCACGACGUUUAAUUUUCCAGAAUCUACUUUGUAAAACCACUUGAGCUCACAAGUCACCGUCUCGAUCGUUUUACCCAAAAAGAAAAUCAGAUUCACGUUUCGUUUCAUUUAAGCAUGGCGUGUAAUUAAUCAAGUCGACGCAAGGCUGCCAGUUUAACCUUUACAUGUCUGCCGUGGGUAAACGAAAGUGAAGGAGUUGGCUAAUUAGCUAAGCAGGCUAACGUGGCGUGUAAGUGUUUUGCAUGCAAACGCGCCCCUAACCUCCCCGCUCUACUCGACUUUUAGAAAUCACAACACACAGUAAAGGCACAUGGAACUGCAAACAAUAGGAUUUUCCAAGAUACCGUGGUGAAGGACUGUGAACGUCAAAUUCAGCAUUGGGAGAAGGUCUCAGGUGAUUACGAUGCCCUGAAAGAACGCCUCAAAACUCUUCCAGAUAGACUGUCUUAUGACAUCAUGGUGCCGUUUGGCCCUAUGGCCUUCAUGCCUGGGAAACUGGUGCACUCUAAUGAGGUCACCGUGCUACUUGGUGACAACUGGUUUGCAAAGUGCUCCGCCAAGCAGGCUGAGAAAAUUGUCGACCAUAGGAUGAAGUAUGUCAAGAAUGAACUUUGCGGUCUGUCCAAGACAAUGACAAACUUUGAAACCAGAGUAGGAAUGGUGAAGGACUGGGAAAAUACGGUCACGGAAAAAGGGGACUAUGUUGACAUUAGAGAGGUGAUUGGAAAGAAUGACGCCACUGUCACAAAAGGAAAGCGUCGAGUGGCUCACAGGCCAAAUUCCAAGCCCAAACUGGAAACUGUGGUGGAUUUGGAAGAGGAAAAUGAAGGCAGCGGAGAAGAGGCCCAACAAAACGGAAGCACGAAGAGUUUCAUGACGCAGGAGGAGUUGUGGGCUCGACUGGAUGAACUUGAGAAAAUCGAGGAAGUACAAAAUGAGCAGGACAGCUUGUCUGAUAAUGCGAACGUUGGAAGUGAGGACACUUCAUCAUCUUCCUCGGAGGAUCGGAACGACACGGACUCCCCCACUGCAUCUAAUGGACUUUUUGUGAAAUCCCACAUCAAUGCGCCCCCCAGUGGAGAAAUGAAAGAAGACGACGAGGAGGACCACAAUCUACCGACCAUUUAUUUCUCCCACACAGUUGAGCCCAAGAAGGUGAGGAUCAACACAAGUAAAAACACCACUCUCAAGUUCAGCGAACGGAAAGAACUGAAGGAACAUUCAAAGCGUAAAAAGAAAAACGGUCACCAAAACGGCCACGCUCAUCACGACGUUCACAAAAUCCAAACACCUGCAGACAUCUACAGGUUGUUUGUGGACGUGAGGGAUGGGGAGCCCGUACCUAAAAAGUCCAUUCUGAAGUCACGCAGCCGCGAGAACAGCGUGUGCAGUGACACAAGCGAGGGAAGCGCAGCAGACAUGGACGAGCGGCGGAUGAUGGGCCGUAGCUUCAGCCAUGAUGAGAGCACACCCAGCGACAACAGCGACAGCCUUACGGAAGAGGAUAGCACCAAGGGAAUGCCAUGGCAUCCUGCAGGAAAGUUUGAGGCCUUCUCGGGUACAGUGGUGGAAAAGGACUCAAUGCCCUUGGCUGUUCCCUUCCUUACCAUCAGUCCUCCGGCGUUGCCAACCAUCAUGGAGCGGAAACUGGAGGAGGUAGCUUCGCCUGACGUGGAAGCUCCUCAGCAGCCUGUAAAACGGAUGUCGAAGUUCAAAGCUGCCCGGAUGCAGCAGAAAUGACCUGUCUGUACAAAGCAUUUCUCAAACUUCUUUAUGCACUCUAACAUCAUUCAAUCCCCCUCUAAACAGAUGUAGGCUUCUGUUAGUAUAAAGGUUAAUUAAUUGGUGAGUCCGUCUUCCAUACUUGUCAUGAGGUUUUUCUUUUGGCUGUUGAUUGUUUUGUUGGACUGUAAACUUUGCCUCCGGCCCACAUAUUACAAAUCCUGUCCCAGCGAUAGCUCACUUUUCUCCUGCUCUCGACCUGCUUAAUGAAUGUGUUGGUUUAUGAUUUGCUUUGUGUCGAGGCAGAAAAGAUGAAUGAGAAAAUAAAAUAAAUGAAUUUGUUGACAA